AUGGCAUUAGUUCAAUUAGAAGAUGUUGAAACUGCUGUGGCUUUUCUUGUUGCUAUGCAUAAUUAUAAAUUGGCCGAAAAUGCUCAUUUACGUGUUUCCUUUUCUAAAAAAGGAAUGAAUUGA